AAGAAACUUGCUUUGGCCACAGGUGUAUUUGAGGGUGUAAUAGGGUGCCUGUCUUCUGGAGCUAUUUGUCUAGUACUGUGGUAUGGUGGAAAACUAGUUUUUGAAAAGGAACUCACUGCUGGUAUUCUCACUGCAUUCCUGCUUUAUACACUACAAGUUGCUAUAGGGUUUGGUCUCAUGUCAGCUUUGUAUGGGGAUUUCAUGCAAGCAGUUGGGGCCUCUGUAAGGAUAUUCCAAUUACUGGACAGACUCCCUGAUAUUCCAACAGAGGGAGGAAGCAUGUAUGACUGCCUGCAGGGAGAUCUUCAAUUCAAUGAUGUCAGAUUCACCUACCCAUCUAGGCCAGAGACAGAAGUGUUAAAGGGUGUGUCAUUUAAUGUAUCCAAGGGGAAGAUGGUUGCUCUAGUGGGGCCCUCUGGUGGAGGAAAGUCCACCAUCGUUAACCUGAUUGAACGAUUCUAUGACCCAAAUAGUGGAAGCAUCCAAUUAGGUGGCAUGGACUUGAAGACCUUAGACCCUGUGUGGUUUAGGAAGCGAAUCUCAAUGGUUCAACAAGAACCUGUUCUAUUUGCUUGCUCUAUCAAAGACAACAUUGCAUAUGGCAAAGAGGCUACUUUAGAGGAAGUUAUUGAAGCUGCUAAACAAUCAAACGCUCAUGACUUCAUCAUGACAUUUGAGGAGGGUUAUGACACAUUGGUGGGGGAGAGGGGGGUGAGACUGUCUGGGGGUCAGAAACAAAGAGUUGCCAUAGCAAGGUCUUUAAUCAUGGACCCGGCUGUUUUGUUAUUAGAUGAGGCAACAAGUGCUCUCGAUGCAGAAAGUGAACAUUUAGUACAGGAAGCAAUAGACCGUGCCAUGAUGAAUAGAACUGUUGUCAUAAUAGCUCAUAGACUUUCUACUGUACGCAGUGCGUCUCAGGUUAUUGUGAUAGACCAGGGCAAAAUAGCUGAACAAGGAACCCAUAGUGACCUACUUCAGAAAGGUGGCAUUUACAAAAAGCUUGUUCUACGACAGUUGAUUGCAGGUGAAGCCACUGCCAAAAUGUUUGAAAAUGAACUUGGAAACGGCAAUGAUGACAGUAAAACAAACAGUGAUGAGUUAAUACUUGAUGUUAAAAGUGCUCUUUCCGAUGGGAAUGACCGCCCUGUUAUGAACUUAAGCAAUGGGGAUGUUGAUCAUUCUAUGGCAAAUUCAAAUACCAAGCUGUGAGGAAAAAACAUUUUAGUAUAAUAUUUAUUUUCUGAAACAUCGAGACUACAGUACACAGAGAAAAGAUCCCAACUACUACAUUUUGUAUCCAAAACCUACUGUGUUUCUUUCUACAUAAUCAUAGAGGAAUGUAGAAUGUAUCUCGGGUCAGGAUAGACAUUUCUUUAUCUAUCCCGCUAUCACUGAAGUACUAAAUUAUGGAAAUUAUGAAAUAUGGAAUGCAAUAUUCCCAUUUUUAUAUUUUUGUAAUGUUUAUUAUCUUUCACCUUUUAAGUCUUUGAAGUCCUCAUAAUCUUUUUUAUCAACUUAUUGAGGUGCAACUUUU